AUGCUCUCUUUAUGGCCACAUGCAUGCUCUCUUUAUGGUCACAUGCAUGCUCUCUUUAUGGUCACAUGCAUGCUCUUUUUAUGGUCACAUGCGAGCUCUCUUUGUGGUCACAUGCAUGCUCUCUUUAUGGUCACAUGCACGCUCUCUUUGUGGUCACAUGCACGCUCUCUUUGUGGUCACAUGCACGCUCUCUUUAUGGUCACAUGCAUGCUCUCUUUGUGGUCACAUGCACGCUCUCUUUUUGUGGUCACAUGCAUGCUCUCUUUAUGGUCACAUGCACGCUCUCUUUGUGGUCACAUGCACGCUCUCUUUGUGGUCACAUGCAUGCUCUCUUUAUGGCCACAUGCAUGCUCUCUUUAUGGUCACAUGCAUGCUCUCUUUAUGGUCACAUGCAUGCUCUCUUUAUGGUCACAUGCGCGCUCUCUUUAUGGUCACAUGCAUGCUCUCUUUAUGGUCACAUGCAUGCUGGCUUUAUGGUCACAUGCAUGCUCUCUUUAUGGUCACACGCAUGCUCUCUUUAUGGUCACUUGCAUGCUCUCUUUAUGGUCACAUGCAUGCUCUCUUUAUGGUCACAUGCAUGCUCUCUUUAUGGUCACAUGCACGCUCUCUUUAUGGUCACAUGCACGCUCUCUUUAUGCAAGAGAGAGAUCAAAGUUUUGGUCGGUUGGCAUUUCAGUACAAAGCAAACUGUAUGGAACAUCAGAAACCAUCGUAGCACCACAGACAUCAUAUAGGUCUGUGAAAACCGCUGCAGGGUAA